CCCAGGGAGAAGAAGCCCCAUUAUAAGCUUUCCUCUCCUCUUACAUAUAUUCACCAUGGCCACCAACCAACUCCUCCCUCUCCUCCUCCUCGCCCUAGUCGCCGGCUCCCAUGCGGGCAGCAUCGCUGUCUACUGGGGCCAGAACGGCAAUGAGGGCACCCUCGCCGACACCUGCUCCAGCGGCCUCUACGCCUACGUCAACCUCGCCUUCCUCACCACAUUCGGCAACGGCCAGACCCCCGUCCUCAAUCUCGCAGGCCACUGCGACCCCAGCGCCGGUACCUGCACCAGCCUCUCCUCCGACAUCCAGUCCUGCCAGUCUCAGGGCGUCAAGGUCCUCCUCUCCCUCGGCGGUGCCUCCGGAAGCUACUCCCUCUCCUCCGCCGACGACGCCCAAAGCGUCGCCAACUACCUUUGGGACAACUUCCUUGGUGGCAGCUCCUCCUCUCGCCCCCUCGGCGAUGCCGUCCUCGAUGGCAUCGACUUCGACAUCGAGGCAACCAACGGAGACUUCUUCGACGACCUUGCAAAGGAUCUGGCGCAGUUCAGCAGCCAGGGAAAGAAGGUCUACCUCACGGCGGCGCCACAGUGCCCGUACCCCGAUGCGCACCUCAACACGGCGCUGCAGACUGGGAUUUUCGACUAUGUUUGGAUCCAGUUCUACAACAACCCAUCGUGCGAGUACUCCUCAGGGAGUAUCGACAAUUUGACCAGUGCGUGGAGAACCUGGAUAUCGAGCGUGACGGCGACCAGCUUUUUCUUGGGCUUGCCGGCGUCGUCCGCUGCGGCCGGGAGCGGAUACAUUCCCCCCGACGUGCUGAUCUCUCAGGUGCUGCCGGCAAUUAAGAGCAUUGGUAAGUAUGGUGGGAUAAUGCUGUGGAACAGGUACUACGAUGAGCUGAACAACUAUAGCGCCACCGUGAAGAGUAGCGUUUGAAUUGCGCCGCAUACAUACAAGGAGGUCUAUACUUACGAGCAUGUUUACUCAAAUAAUGACGAGCAGGUUGCUUGCCAAGAUCCAGUCUUAAGAUUAAACGUGUAUGGGAAAUAAAGAAGUGACAUGGAUGCAUAUUUUUACUACAAUAAGUGAUCUUCCUUGAAAAAGAAAAUAGAUAAAUAAAGUCUACUGCGAGAUGCUUGUUUGUUCCCCCA